AUGAAGGCCAGCUCCAGUGUCCCCAAAUUCCUCACUAAGAUAUGGGCUCUAGUGGAAGAUCCCAGAAACAGCGAAUAUAUCUGCUGGAGCCAAGAUGGAAACAGUUUUAUCGUGUUGGACGAAGAAAGCUUUGCAAAAGAGAUUUUACCCAGACAUUUCAAACAUAACAACAUGGCAAGCUUUGUACGACAACUCAAUUGGUAUGGCUUUCAUAAAGUUAUGCAGGAUGAGUCUGGCGCAGCUAGGCAUGAUAAAUACUGCUCAGGCAGAUACCAGCAUCCCUUUUUCAAGCGUGGUCAAGAAGAGUUAUUGAUAAAGAUAAAACGGAAGGUAACAUCAAGUACUGGAGAUAAGCGUGUAUUCCGGAAGGCUAAGGUACCUGUUCCCCACAUUGAAGAAGGUAAAUCUGGACCAGAUGACAUGCAGAAAAUACUGACGUUUCUGCAUCAGCUGCAGGCAAGACAAGAUGUCCUUGAUUCAACAGUGGAAUCCCUAAAGAGGGAAAAUGAGGCCUUGUGGAAAGAGGUUAUACAGUUACGGCCAGCUCAGCCGCAAUUUGAACCUGUCGGAACAUCUCACUCUUAUGAACAAAUAGGAUCUUUUCAAUCAAACCAGCCUCUCAUGAUUGACAGUACAGGCAACUACAAUCAGUUAUCUGCUUCCAAAACAUCACAAACCUCCAUUCAGGCUUUUGAGAGCAGAUCGCCAUGGUUCACUGAACAGAAACCUAACAGAGGCACCAAAAGAGUCAUCAGAGAAGAGCAUGAUAGCUCUGUGGAGGAGCCCAACAAUCAUCUGAAAACUUCUUUAAAUCAGGGGUACGAAAAUUACAACACAGACGAAUCUGAUGAUCCCUCAGAUUUAUCCUCUUAUGAAAGCGAGCUGGUGAUUAAUGAAGAUACUGCCUCGAACAUUGACCAGUCAUUUACAAAUGCAGAUGAAAUCUCAGUGACAAAUCACAGAAAACCAGCAUCACACAAGAGGCUGAAAAACUGUAUAGAAAGACAAGAUUCCACAAUAAAGCGCAGAAUUGUAUACAGUGGCUCAGAGAAUGAAGAUGAACAAAAGAGUUGUCAUAUGGACUCAGCGCCAGUAGACAAGUCCAUCAGAUCAUGCCAAUCUUCUUGUUACAAGAUGGACAAGAUGCUUAAACAAAUGCAUCGGGAUCACACUCGUCUAACUAAGAAGGUGCUAGCUGUGGAGCAACAGUCAUUACAGAAACUUUCAGAAAUAUCAACAGCACUGAGCACGUUAAGCAGCUACAUCAUGAACACCAAGAAUCCCCAAAGAGCUUCGUGUCCUCCUUUUCUCGAUGCAGCAAAGAUUCAGCAAAAUGAAAGGCAGGGUUCCCAAAGUCAUCACCAUGGACUGUGGUCAGACAACUCUGCAAAUCAUUCCACUAAAAGAGAAUAUGAGUCUUAG